UCCCGGGUGCGGCCGCCGCCACCCUGGUGCUUCCCUCCGUGCGGCUGUGUGUCCGUCCGUCUGUCCGCCCGCCCAGCCAUGGCUGCGCCGGCGCCCGCGCCGCGGAUCCUGUUACUGCUGCUGCUGCUGCCGCCUCCGGGUGCCCAUGGUGAGGUGUGUAUGGCUUCCAGUGGAGACCGCUUCCCCAAGUCCUGUCCUGUUUUCUGCUGUGGCACCUGUUACAACCAGUACUGCUGCCCUGACAUACUGGAGAAAGUUAUAUGGAACAAGGAAGACUGUGCUGAUACUCUGGACAGCUUUGCCAGUGUCAGGGAGAAUAUGGAGGAACUGGACAAGCUGACCUCUGACCUGGACAAUGACCCCAUGCCAGGGUUCGGGGCAACUAUAGCCAUUGGCCUGACCAUCUUUGUGCUCUUCGUUGUCACCAUUAUCGUCUGCUUCACCUGUUCCUGCUGCUGUUUGUACAAGAUGUGUUGCCAACCUCGCCCGGUUGUGACCACCACCACGGCCACCACCGUGGUGCACGCUCCUUACCCUCAGCCUCCAAGUGUGCCACCCAGCUACCCUGGACCGUCGUACCAGGGCUACCAACCCAUCCCCCCCCAGCCAGGGAUGGUGGCAGCAUCCUACCCGACGCAGUACCCACCACCCUACCCGGCCCCACCCAUGGGCCCACCUGCCUACCAUGAGACAUUGGCUGGAGGUGCAGCCGUACCCCAACCUCCUUACAACCCGGCCUACAUGGACCCCCCGAAGGCCGCCCACUGAGCACACCCCGCAUCUCUGGUUGCCACUUGAUACGUCAUGUCUGUGUAUCUAUGUAGGCAUAGCCUUUUCUCCUGUGCAGGGUGUGUGUGUCUUGUUUGUAUACUUGUGAUGUUGACAGGUGGGGAACAAUCCUCACCAGAGUUGCUGGGACCAUACUUUGUUCUCUUCCUCAUUUCAAAUUAUGCUUCCUUGAAAUUUCAAGCAAAAUUCAAAGAAUAGGGUGGGAGUUCACUGCCAGACCACUCCCAGGGAGACCAGGUGGGGUUUGUUACUCUAGGGUAGCACAGCUUUUUGUGGGCAAAAUGCACCCAUGCUCUGGUUUCAGCAGAAUGGCUGCUGCUUGAGGCUGUGGCCUGUCCCCAGGGUGUGCUUCCCCUCAAAGACCCAGAGCUGUGAUACAGGAAGUGGGUGAGGCUUGGGACCUGGCUAAGCUGGGUUUUGAUCCCCCAGUUUCCCAGAGCCUGUGUCAUGCCAGGUGGAAGGUGGGCAGCCUUCUAACAAACCGCCUGUCAGCGCCCCCCACCCCUGCUUGACAGCUGUCUGUCUAGACUGUUUCCGCAGCCUCUCUGGGACCACCUGGAGGGCCACGUCCACCCAUGGUCCUGGCUGCCCCGGCUGCCCCUGGCCCGACACAGGAGGGCAGGGUGGCCUCUGUCCAGAUACACUCAGGUGUCCUCCCUGCAGUGUUUUUGUUUUACUUUAGCCAAACUUUUUUGCUGUUUUCUGUUUUAAAAUGUGUGUGGUAGUUGCUCUGAGGCUGAAACCCCUGGGUCCUGGAGGGGGUGGCUCACAGAGGGACCAUCUGACCUGACAGGUCCUGCUUCCCUCACACCAGCCUCACAGAGUAUCCAGCUCCUGUACCUAGUCCAGUUUGUCCUGGCGCAGGGACACUUGGGCCAACCGGCCUCUGGACCAAAGGUGGAAGGGUGCCCCGGGUGGCUGCGGCCCAGACACGAAUACCUCGGUGUGCCCCGGCCCUCUGUUACCGUCUCACCUGAUCUGUCUCAGCUUUGUACCUGUUGAUAAGUCUGAGUUUGGGGUCUGCACCUUUGUUUAUAAUAAAUACAGACAUUUGGA